AUGUCAACCCACUUCCCCGUGCCCCCAGGCACACAAACCGUUCAGGUCCGAAUCAUCGACACAACUGUCCGAAUGGACAAACUCCCAGUGGAGUUCCUCAUGGAACCGCCCAUGGAGGGAAUGUUAUACAUGCCUCCGAUGCCGGCAUGGUCAUUCCUGAUCGAACAUCCCUCGGGCCAGAAACUACUUUUUGAUCUUGGUGUUCCGAAGGACUGGCGGUCGUUUUCCCCAUUUGUGGUUGGGCGUCUUGAAGCGUCGGGGUGGGAAAUUAAUGUUGAAGAAGAGGUUAUUGAUAUCUUAGAGAGGAAUGGUGUUGCGGCGGGUGAUAUUUCGGGUAUUAUUUGGAGCCAUUGGCAUUGGGAUCACCUAGGUGAUCCCUCACGAUUCCCACCCUCAACCGAACUGAUCGUCGGACCUGGUUUCAAAGAUAAUUUCUUACCGGGAUAUCCAGCAAACCCCAAUUCAGCAGUACGCGAGUCUGAUUUUGCCGGAAGAAACCUGAACGAAAUAAACUUCACAAACUCCUCCCAAACAGGCCAAUUUCGCGCCUUCGACUUCUUCGGCGACGGCUCAUUCUAUCUCCUUGAUACACCAGGCCACGCCAUAGGCCAUCUCAGUGGAUUAGCACGCACAACCACCAACCCAGAUACAUUCAUCUUCAUGGGCGGUGAUCUGUGUCACCACAGUGGCGAAAUAAGACCUUCCAAACAUAUGCAUCUCCCUUCUGAUAUCCCAGCCGCAGUUCCGUCCUGUGUACUCCCAUGUCCUGGGACUGAGGCUUAUGAACAGUUGUUGGUUAGUCGGGGUAGCUCUGUUGAUGAGCCGUUUUUUAGACCGGCGGCUAUGAUUGGGGUUGAGAUUGGGGAGACUGUGAGGACUAUUGUGAAGGCGCAGGAGGCGGAUGCCGAUUCGAAUGUUUGGUUCGUUUUUGCGCAUGAUCCCAGUUUGAUUGGCGUGGUUGAUUUCUUUCCUUUGAGGGCUGAUGGGUGGAUGGAGAAGGGUUGGAGAAAGAAGACUCUUUGGUCUUUUUUGAGGAGUUUUGAUGCGGUUGUUUAUGCGAAGAUGCAGAUGUAG